CGGCUAGCGUCCUUAAACGCACCCCCGUUGUUGGCCAUUGUUUAUUAUUUAUAGCUCCACAGAUAUGAUAUAUAUCUGCUGUCGUUGGCUCUAUUUUGGGUUGUUAAAUUAUUAUAAUUCUUAGUUUUCAUUCUUUCUUCGCUAAGGUUAAUUUGUAAUUAAGCUUAAAAAUAAUUUUAGAAAAGUAUAAGUGCUACCAUUUAAAUCGACUUAGUGAAUUUAAAAGGGUGUUAUCGUAACAACAAUGAAAAAUGGUGAAUGUUAUGAAAGGAGUCCUCGUAGAAUGUGACCCAGCAAUGAAACAAUUCCUCCUUCACCUGGACGAGACCCUCGCGCUUGGUAGGAAGUUUGUACUGCAGGACCUGGAUGAAACACAUCUAUUUAUAUCAGCGGAUAUUGUGGAAACUCUACAGGCACGUGUUGAUGAUUUAAUGGACCAACUGAGCAUUCCGGUUCAUGAUAAAGGACUGUAGAAUAUUCUUUACUGUUGGACACUAACUUCUUGUACU